AUGAAGGCUGCAUCAGCCCUGAAAGCUGGCUGUUUUCUGGAGUGUGCCAUCCGUCUCUGCUGCUGGCUGCUCACAGAUGUCCCAACAAAGGCUGUGAGAGAGACAGAGGAAGAGAUGGAUGUGGAUUUUCAGAUGGAUAGAGAGGAAGGAAUGGAAGUGGAUGGAGAAGAGAGCGAAGCAGAAGAGAUGGAAGUGGAUGUGGAGGAGGACAAAGUGGAAGACAUGGAAGUAGACCUAGAUACAGAGGAGAAGAUGGAGGUGGAUGGAGAUAAGACCUGUGAGGAAGAAAUGGAGGUGGAUUUAGAGGAGGAGACGGUAGAAGAAAUGGAAGUGGAUUUGGAAGAGGAGAAGGAGGAAGAAAUGGAGGUAGAUGUGGAAGAGGACAUCGAGUACAUGGAGGUUGAUGUCAAAGAUGAGGAGGAGCCCAUGGCCCGCUCCGCCUUGGGCGGCCGGGCCCGGCCCAGCCGGGUCUCUGUGAGCCGCUGCCGCGGGGAGCGGCCCGGGCAGCCGAGCCCAGCUCCUCUUCUCUCCCGGCUGCCGCAGGGAGCGGCCCGGGCAGCCGAGCCCAGCUCCUCUUCUCUCCCGGCUGCCGCAGGGAGCGGCCCGGGCAGCCGAGCCCAGCUCCUCUUCUCUCCCGGCUGCCGCAGGGAGCGGCCCGGGCAGCCGAGCCCAGCUCCUCUUCUCCCCGGCUGCCGGCGGGGGACACGGGGGGCUCUGGCUCCGCAGGGCUGGCCGCAGGCUGGAUCAGAUCGAGGGGUGGGUAAGAAAGCAUCCACCCGCCUCCUCUACCGGCAGGGCUUUGAGAUCUUUGCAGCUGCCGCCCGGCAAGAACCACACGAGCACCGCAGGCCUGGGCAAGCUUCAACUCUUUCCUGCCAGCAAAUGGAACUCCCAGAGCACCAGCCCUUCCUGAGGUGCCCAUGGCCAAAAUUGGAAGUUGGCCUCCAAAAUUCCAUCUACCCAAGGACUGCUCUCAGACAAAAGCUGCCAAGACAAACAGGUCUGGCUGGCCUUGGCCUCUGCCUCAGGAAGGAGCUGCAGUUGUUGUCCCUCCAGAGUGGGGUACAAGGGCCACAGCUGUCCCAGUUUCAGAGACAGGUGCCUUGCAGACAGGAUGACAGGACAGGAUGAUGACACAGAUGAUUCUACCUAACCUGACAAGCCCAGCCUCUCCCAGCCAGUGAUGCAUCCCACACAGCACUGAAGAUGGAACAUUCGUGUGGAGGAGCUGUCAAACGGGAUUCCCAACAAUACAGGUUUUCAACUUGGCAACCUCCAGGCUUUUACUUGAGAGUUACAAACUUGCAUCUUACUUCUAAAAUCAAGAAACCUUUCAGCCUUAGAACAGUGGGAAAGCUAAUCAACAGGGAAAACAAUCUGUUUUAAUUUGGGUUUCUUAACUCACAUCCAUAGAUAAAUCCUCAACUCCUCAGAUAUGAAUCUAUCAAAUCUUUGUGUCCUUAAAUAGAUAAAAUCUUUAAAUAAACUUGUCAGCCUAAAAAGUCCCAGAUCUCUAUGCAGUUUCAAUCCUUGCUCCUCAAUGUCUGCUGGGGCAUCGGUGGAAGGGCGUUGCCUCUGGUCCCCAGCAGGAUGUGGGGCACGGCAGACACACCUGGCAGGGAUCCAUCAUGUUCUGUGUCUGUACAAACACAACAUACCCAUG